GUUACCGCACCAUCGACUCUCUCUACCCAAAGUCUACAGUGCCACUGUCUGGUGGUGUUUGUGUGGGCUCUAGUGUCAUGGAUGAAGUCAAGACUCUCAAUGCACUCAAUGCUUAUGACUUCUACGAAAAGGCUGAUCGUAUUGCUGGCAGAACUGCUGUACCAACCAGCAAACAGCCAUUUGAAAACAUGAGCAAACAGGAGCAGGCUGGAAUCAACAUGACCUACCCUGGCAAGACGGAGUACAUGCUGCAGUUCAAGGCACCUGAUAGAGAUGCUCCCACAUCAGACUUCAUCAUCAACCCCAGCCCAGACUACAGCGUCUAUGGGCGCCCUCUAGAAGCCAGCUGCUACCUGCCCUCGUCCACGGAGUACCAGACUCGCUACCAGUGGCCUGAUGGAGGUCAUGUGACCAAAGUGCCAUGGCUGGUCAGCUAA